GCUCUCUCUCUCUCUCUCUCUCUUUCUGAAGGCAGAGAUAGAUGUUAGCUAUUUCAAGGAUGAAGGCUCUCAUCUCAACCCACUGCAUCCCAAAGACCUCACCUUUAUCUCUCUGGAAAUCAAUCCCAUCCUACCCACCAACCCAUUUCAAAACCCCCAAUUCUCUCCAACUAAAGCCCAUUACUUUUUCUCCCUAUGCAUCCCUCUCUUCCGAGAUAGCUCCCACCGGCGCUGCUGAAAUGGACGCCGCUUCUCGCCGCCAACGCUCCGGUGAGAUUCACGUCAUCGUUGGCCCAAUGUUUGCCGGAAAGACCACCACGCUUCUUCGCAGAAUGCAAUCCGAGAAAGGCGAUGGCAGUAACGUUGCAGUAAUCAAAUCAAACAAGGAUACAAGAUAUGGAAUGGAUUCAAUUGUGACGCAUGAUGGGGUUAAAUUGCCUUGCUGGGCAUUACCUAAUUUAUCAUCAUUCAAACAAAAGUUUGGUCUUGAUGCAUAUGAGCAGCUAGAUGUAAUCGGUAUUGAUGAAGCUCAGUUUUUUGGAGAUCUUUAUGAUUUCUGCUGUGAAGCUGCUGAUCAUGAUGGCAAAAAAGUAGUAGUUGCUGGACUAGAUGGGGACUAUUUGAGGAGGAGCUUUGGUUCAGUGCUUGAUAUAAUUCCCCUUGCUGAUUCUGUAACCAAGCUAACAUCUCGAUGCGAACUUUGUGGAAAACCGGCUUUCUUCACAUUACGGAAGACACAGGAGCUGCAGACUGAAGUGAUUGGCGGGGCUGAUGUAUACAUGCCUGUAUGUCGACAUCACUAUGUAAAUGGACAAGUAGCCAUUCAAGCUGCACGAGUUGUCCUGGAAUCUCGAGUUCAUUGUGCUUCUUGUCUGUAGCAGCAACAUUUGCUAGCCAGUGGGCUGUAAUCUGUGUUCGAAACCUCUCCUCGCUUGUAUUAUUCGAAAGUUUACAUGUUUGCUUGCAUGGUCUGCAAGCAUGUCGUUACUUAUUAGCGCACGUUCUUUUGCUUCUUUGAAGAAUGUAUAUAUACUUGUCACCAAGCAAAGAAUCUGUAACAAAAUUGAUAUCUUAGUUUACCAAGGCAUGUAUUAGAUCAUUAUCUCAAUCUGUAAUCUGGCCAGAGAUGAUGAUCCCCUGGUCGCAGAGCUUGACCCUGUGAUUGGUAUGAAUUCGGAUAUAAUCGAAUGUGAGAUUUGGAAAUGAAAACAAA